UUACUAUACUUGUUCAGUUACGGCUUGUUUGUUUAUAGUUUUCAGAAUUGCAAAAUAAAAUUAGCAUAUUACGGCAUGCAGUAUCUCUUACUUUUAUUUGUCAUUUUGACAACUGCGAAAGUACAGGGUGUUUCAGAAAUCGAUAGUUGUUAUUCUACUGAAGAUAUCACAGUACCAUACACAAUCUGGAUUGGCACGAAUAUACAGGAGAGCCACACCACUCAUGUUACUGUAAAGCGAUUCACACCGUUCUAUGGUGUGAUGGAAGCUGCAGGAGAAAAUGAUCCAGGGAAUUUUGGGUUCGAGGCAACUUGUUCUCAAUAUGGCCACUACAUUACGAGCAUAGGAGGUCAUUCAGAGGACAAAUCGACCUCCAUCUUCUGGUUAUUCUUCGCGUUGGAAAGCCCUCCAAAACCACUGAACCCUCCAUCUUCACAGUACCUCUCCCCAGCUGGAGUGGAUGGCAUUCAUGUUGUUAAUGAUACGAUACAUUAUUUAUUCUGGCUGAGAAAUAUUACUGACUUCUUUGGUCAGUGACAGUAAUGGCAGAUGUAUAACAGCAAAGUUUCUUCAUGUAAACUUUCUCUGUAUGACAUUAAGCUGUUAAUAUUAGAGUACCAAACAUGUAAUUUGAUUCCAAUACAGUCAAAUAUAUUAUAAUUUGAUAGUUCAUUUUUUAAAAGAAUAUUAGUUGGCAUUUUCAUGAAACUGAGUUAAAUAAAUUAUGUACAGGCAUGCACACACAGAAUCUAUGGAAAAAUAUUGUUAUUCCAGUAUUCCAUUUUGAUGUGUAUGGUCUGUUUGUAUAAGGCAAUCAUUUUGAAACAUUUGUUUUACCUUACUUGGCUUUACUUAUACAUUUGUGAGAUGACAGAGAGUUCAGUCCAUGCACACAGCAAUAGUUGUAGUGUAAGAAUAUUAUUUCAUAAAUAGAGGUGAUUUGGAGAUGUGGAUUUUAAAUUUUUAUUCCCUUGGAAAUGAGCAUGAAUCAAUAACACUGAAUAUGAUUUAUGAGCUAUACAGUUAUCAGAAUUAUGAAUAGCAGUGAAGGCAGGCCUUCAAGCUACUGGAGAAGGUCUCUUUACAAUUGUUCACUUCCAUUUCAGUUUCUUAUGUUUCCUGCAAAAUUUGCUUUCCUGACUCAUGCCCUUUUCCAAAAUACAGAAGAAAAAUAUUGUAUAACAUGCUGUAUACAUAAUUGUCACUAAAUAAAAGCCUUUUCUGCACUUAAGAAUGCAUACAUAUAUGCAUUACAUUCCAUGGAUCCAGAGUUAGUCAGAAAUGAUCAGAGGUUGUGUAGUAAGUCAUAAAUACACCGAAUGUAUCAAUACAGCACAACUGAAGCUUUCACAUAAAAAAUAAGAAAUUUGCAGAGGGUUCAUAAAAAAAUGAAUAUUUGAAAUAGAUGCACACAUAUGUGCUUCAAUAACAUCCACUUAUCCUAUUUGUAUAAAUCUUUCAGAAGAUUAUGAGUCACUUUCAGACAUUAGAAAUUCAUCAGCAAAAUAGAAUGAGUGCAAUUUGAAGCAUAUUUUUUAGUGUUACUUUAAAUUGUACCUUUUUAUUCAUAAGAAUUUUAAGAAUAGAGGUAGUUUACUGAAAUUUUUGUUAUCAGCAGUGUAUGCACUUUCCUGAAAACAUGAAAAGUAGGCAGUUAGUCUAUGAAGUUAGUGCUUGUUCCUUGCUUUAAUACACUAUACAGCUUAAUUAGUCUGAAAAUGUUGUUGGUUAUUUACAAUUCAGUUUGUUAACUAAAAUUUAUAUUCAAAUGGAAGAUGUAACGUCUUUGAUCUCUUAAAUAGACCACAGCAUGAAAUUCUA